UCCUCUUUGCUUUGACUAGUAUCAAAUUUUUGAGGCUUCUAUUGUGAUCUGAUGCCUAUGCUUUUAUAGCUUAUUUGCUGCCUUAUCAUAUGGAAUUGCUUCAAUGGCCAUGGUUUUCAUCAAUAAAGCAGUUCUCAUGCAGUAUGCAUCCUCAAUGACCCUUCUCACUCUCCAGCAAUUGGCAACAACCAUGCUUAUAUAUUGUGGGCGGGUGAUGGGAUACACAAAAGCCAAAGGAGUUAAUGUUGAGACUGCCAAAAAGCUCAUCCUAGUUUCAUUAUUCUACAAUGCAAAUGUGGCAUUUGCUUUAGCAAGUUUGAAAGGAGUAAAUAUUCCGAUGUAUAUUGCCAUAAAAAGACUUACACCGCUUGCUGUAUUAAUUGCUGGGUUCUUUUCUGGAAAGGGGAGACCUUCAACACAGGUAAUUCUUUCGGUAGUAUUGACUGCUGCUGGGGUUAUGAUUGCAGCGCUGGGAGAUUUUUCUUUUGACCUUGUUGGAUAUAGCAUGGCCUUUACUUCUGUUUUCUUCCAGACCAUGUACCUUGUGUUGGUGGAGAAGUCUGGUGCAGAGGACGGACUUUCAUCAGUCGAGAUCAUGUUCUAUAACAGCUUUUUGUCUUUACCAUUUCUGGUAUUUCUUAUCAUAGCUACAGGAGAGUUUCCAGAUUCUUUGUCAUUGUUAUUAUAUAUUCUGGACACUCUCCCCCUUUGUUGCCACUCCUUAAUCUUUGCUAAGAUCAUGGAUGGACAUGGCUGCUGCUUUUGCUGGGAAUUUGCUACUUGUUACCCUGUUCUCGUUCUACUGGUGAAACAUACAAGUUGUUUUGGCCUGAUCAACCCGUAUUUGUGAGGAUGGCAGCAAGGUUUUGGGGCUACAAUUGUACCAUUUGACA